GCCGGAAAAUGCCGAGUGCCGCAAUGCCUGCUGGGAAACUACACACUCAACGAACCGCCAUCUUUCUUUGUAGCGAGUCUGUAGGGGAAAACAACAACAGAUUUCAAGCAUUAUUUCUGCCAAAUCAAAGUGUUGAGGCAAUUCCACUUCGCCUUAUAGCCUACCUAGCACUUCUUUAAAGGAGUCUGUGGGGUUUAAUCUAAGACAAAGCGCACAUUGAAGUCAUAAGAUCCAGUAGUUUGGUGUAAACGCUCGACUAGCGGAGGUGGUCAACAUGGGCCGCUCUCGGAGCCGCAGCUCGUCCCGCUCCAAACACUCCAAAAGCAGCAAGCACAGCAAGAAACGAAGCCGGUCUAGGUCGCAUUCCAGAGACAGGGAGAGGUCCAAGAAGCGGUCCAAGUCCCGAGAAGCGAAGAGGAACCGUCGCAGAGAAUCUCGCUCUCGUUCCCGGUCGACCACAGCCUCGUCCCGCAGAGAGAGAGCAGCCUCACCGCCGGAGAGGAUCGACAUCUUCGGCAGGACGCUGAGCAAGAGAAACGCGCUGGACGAGAAGCAGAGGAAGGAAGAGGAAGAGAGGAGGGUAGAGAUGGAGAGACAGAGGAAAAUCCGGCAACAGGAGAUCGAGGAGAAGCUGAUCGAGGAGGAGACGGCACGGCGGGUGGAGGAGCUGGUAGCCAAGCGGGUGGAGGAGGAGCUGGAGAAGCGGAAGGACGAGAUCGAGCGGGAGGUGCUGCGACGCGUUGAGGAGGCGAAACGCAUCAUGGAGCGGCAGCUGCUGGAGGAGCUGGAGAGGCAGCGGCAGGCAGAGUUGGCGGCACAGAAGGCCAGAGAGGAGGAAGAAAAAUCUAAGCGGGAGGAGCUGGAAAAAAUCCUGGAGGAGAAUAACCGCAAGAUCGCCGAUGCUCAGGCCAAGCUGGCCGAGGAUCAGUUGCGUAUUGUGGAGGAGCAGAGAAAGAUUCACGAGGAGCGCAUGAAGCUGGAGCAGGACCGUCAGAAACAGCAGAAGGAGGAGCAGAAAAUCAUCCUGGGAAAGGGCAAGUCCAGGCCCAAACUCUCCUUCACCCUCAAGGCCACCGAAUGAGACUGCUCCCCCUGCGUCCUGCCUUCAUCCCACAUCCAGCUCUCCCUCCUCGUCAUCCAGCCCCCCACUGCCCCUCCUCCGCCUCCUCUGUGGAACGCUCGCUUCGUUUUGGAAGUGCUGAAGGAAGGCCGAGGAAAAUGGAGGUGUGACCCGGUGUGUAGACGCCCCCCUGUGAGGAGCCACCGCCCGGCCUUGAAGAGGAGGCAUCUCUUCUCCCCUUUAAAGGACCUGACUGCUCCCUCCAUCCUUCCUCGCCCCCUCCACACAGAUGACUCUUGUUUGUGCUUUUUUUCUCGGUUUUAUUUUUUAGGAAACUUGAACUUUUGAUGUAGAAUGCUAUAACAUGUCCCCACAGUCUUAACUCCGGUGUGACAGCAGAGUAACUGUGCGCCUGUGCUCUUCUUCUUCUUCUUAAAUGUCUCCACAGCCAGCAAACUUUAACAAAACGCCAGUCCCUAUUAUAGACGACUAUGUGUGACUGUGUCUGGUUCACUGUAAACGCUCAUGUGCAGCUUGGGAGUUGUCCCGUGGUUUCCUGUUUUGAUUUCUUUUCAAAAUAAGGUUUCUAAGUGGCUGUUGCAGCCGUUGAAAGCACAGUUAACUUCCCGUCCAGCUGACAGGUUUGUGUCUUCCACUGUUUUUACUUUUUCCACCCCAAAGAUCAGAUCACCGUCUAAACUUUAACGCUUCACCUCGGUUUGUUUUUCACGUUUGAAACGAACAACGUAAAUAUGGAGUUGCAUUUUAAGGUGUUUCGCAGUGCAGGUGGACUCACUUCGACUCCCAAGCUGCACGUGACUCGAACCACAACCCUCCAAAAGGAUACGUGUCUCGUCUUUGAAAAGGGGCCCUGUGGGAGAGAGAGAGAGAGAGAGAGAGAGAGGGGGGACGUUUUCCUGUAUGAUGUAAUGUUAAUAGCCUUGCUGUGAUGUUCAACUCCCACUGCCCCCUCUCCCCUCUCGCCCUGAAUCGUAUGACAUUGAUCCACAAUCAGAAACAAAAAGUCACAGUAAUGCUAAAUCUAUGAGACCGUUCUAGGAGGAGACACCGCUCCGUGUUCUGUCCCCGAGUUUUUGUCGUAGUGAAUAAACUUUGGCGACUUCGUUUGAUUCGUAGAGGAUGGACAAGUUCAGGUAAGAUCAGGUUUGAGGUCAGCAGCAGUGUGUGUGAAUGAGGAAAUGUGUGUGUGUGAGUGUGUUGGUGUGUGUGUGUGUGUGGUAGAGACUGAACUGCCGGGCUGACCUCAGGUGGGUAUAAAGACUUUUGUUAAAUUGUGGGAAUUAAAAUUUGUCGUGUAAUUUCUCCCCAAUUGUCAAGGGACUGAACAGAUCAAUAAAUCCAUUGAAUGCC